AUGGCCGGAUCAGCAAAGAAAUCUACGAAGAAAUUUGAGAAGAGGCAUCUCAAGGAUACCCUUGAACGGCGCAAGGCCUCAGCCAAGGUUAAGCAACGACACCAGCAGAAUGACAAGCGAAAGGCCCAAAAUGCCAGCCGGCGUGCCGAAGCCGAGGAUGCGACCGAGCUGAGUCCUGAGCAGACGAAAAAGCAGAAUGCUUUCGCGGAAAUGAACGUCGACGACUUUUUUGCCGGCGGUUUUGACCUGCCCAAUGCUGCGACAAACGGGAAGAAGGCACAGAAAAAGGAUGUCACCCCCAAGAUCGGCAAGCGCAAGCGCUCUGAAGCUCAACAACAAGCGGAGGAAGACGAUUCAGCUUCGGCCUCGGAGGAUGGUGAAGACGAUGCUCCGCCGAGCGAGAAUGACGACGACGCAAGCAGUGCCAAUGAUUUCGACGAGCACAAGGAUCAGCUGGAGGCAUUGAAGGAGAAGGACCCGGAGUUCUACAAAUAUCUCAAGGAGAACGAUGCGGAAUUGCUCGAUUUCGGCGACCAGGGCGACUUGGCGGAGGUCGACGAUCUGAGUGAAGGCGAGGCGGGCGAAGAAGAAGAGGAAGGUCCCGCUAAGAAGAAAAAGAAGAAGGCCAAGAAGGACGACGAGGAGGAAGAGCCCGAAGAUAACACGCUUACGAUCCCAAUGGUGAAGAAGUGGCAGAAAUUGAUGGAAGAGCAACACUCGAUCCGCGCCAUGCGCCAAGUUGUGCUCGCUUUCCGCGCCGCAGCCCAUGUCAACGAUGUCGAAGCCCAGGAGCAGAAAUACUCCAUUUCUGAUCCGAAUGUCUACCACCAGGUUCUUGUGACGGCUCUCAAUGUCGUUCCUAGGGUUCUCGCACACCACCUCCCCGUUAAAGAAACCGCCGGCGGCAAGAUCAGGGUAUCGCUGGACUCGAAGAAGUUCCACACCCUGACACCUCUGAUCAAAUCCUACACCUCAUCUGUCCACCAGCUUUUGUUGAACCUGUCUGACUCAUCAACCCUCAAACUCACUCUCUCGGCGAUCGAGCCCAUGCUGCCGUACCUGCUGCAGUUCCGGAAAGUGCUGAAAACACUCGUCAAGACCAUUGUCGGGAUCUGGGCGGACGUUUCCAGCGCCGAUGCAACCCGGAUCACUGCUUUCCUACUCCUGCGCCGACUCAUGGUUCUGGGUGACCCGGGUAUUAGGGAGACGGUGCUCAAGGCGACGUACGAGGGCGUGGUCAAGGGCAGCCGCAACACGACAAUCCACACUCUGGCUGGUGUCAACCUGUUGAAGAACUCGGCGGCGGAGAUUUGGGGCAUUGACCAGAACGUCUCGUACACGACGGGCUUUAGCUUCAUCCGGCAGUUGGCGAUGCACCUGCGCAGCAGUAUCACGAACACGUCUAAGGAGUCGUACAAGACCAUCUACAACUGGCAGUACGUCCACUCACUGGACUUCUGGUCUCGCGUGCUUUCGCAGCACUGCGACGGACUCGUCGAGGCCCAGACCGGCAAGCAGUCGGCGCUGCGCCCGCUGAUUUACCCGGUGGUUCAGAUCACGCUGGGCGCGAUGCGCCUAAUUCCGACAGCGCAGUACUUCCCGCUGCGCUUCCAGCUGACGCGUGCUCUGCUGCGCGUCUCUCGCGCCACGGGCACCUACAUCCCACUGGCCUCGUCGCUGCUGGAGGUCCUGACCUCAGCCGAGAUGCGCAAGCCCCCCAAGUCCAGCACGCUCAAGCAACUCGACUUCCACAUCGCCAUCCGUGCCCCGAAAUCCUAUCUGCGGUCGCGCGUCUACCAGGAUGGCGUCGGGGAGCAAGUCUCGGAGCUUCUGUCUGAGUUCUUUGUCUUGUGGUCCAAGCACAUCGCCUUCCCGGAGCUGUCUGUCCCUGUUAUCGUUGCCCUCAAGCGCUGGCUGAAGCAAGUCUCUGCCCGUGCGGGCGGCAACAAGAAUGCCAAGAUCAACCAGAUGAUCUUGCUGCUCGUACAGAAGGUUGAGACUAAUGCCCGUUGGAUCGAGGAGCGUCGUCUGAACGUCUCGUAUGCGCCGCGCAACCGCACCGAGGUUGACUCCUUCCUAAAGGAUGUUGACUGGGAGACUACCCCGCUGGGUGCGUUUGUCAAGACGCAGCGCAAGUUGCGGGAGGAGCGUGCUGCCAUUGUUGAGGAGGGCCGUCGCGAGGAAGAAAAGCGCAGAGCUGAGCAGAAAAAGCGUGGCGAUAAUGACCAGCUGAUGGGCGGUUUGGGUGGCAGUGAUGAUGACAACGACAACGGCGAGGAGGAAGAGUGGGAGAGCGAGAACGAGGAGGAAGAGGAGGACGAAGACGAAGACGAGCUCGAGAUGGAGGAGUAG